AUGAACUACGUGGGGCAGCUGGCUGGCCAGGUGCUGGUGACAGUAAAGGAGCUGUAUAAGGGGAUCAAUCAGGCCACUCUGUCAGGCUGCAUCGACGUGAUUGUGGUCCGACAGCCUGAUGGGACGUUCCAGUGCUCGCCUUUCCACGUUCGCUUUGGAAAACUGGGGGUGCUGCGCUCCAGGGAGAAAGUGAUUGAUAUAGAAAUCAAUGGGGAGCCUGUGGAGCUACAAAUGAAGCUUGGAGACAAUGGGGAGGCCUUUUUUGUCCAGGAGAUGGAGCAGCACAAUGAAAUCGUUCCGGCCCACUUGGUGACCUCGCCCAUCCCCACAGAAGAGGUUCUGUUCAGGAGCAGAGAGCCCAGGUGUGGGGGAUCAGUGGUGGAGACCAGUCCACCACUGAGUCCAGAAAACCCGGUCUCUGGAAACACCCAGCCCUGCUCAAGCUCAGCUGGCAAGAAGAAGAAGAGACGCAGGAGGAAGCACAAAGCCGAGCCACGAAAGGAAGAGCAAACGUCCACACCUGCAGGCGGGGAGCUGGAGCUUUGUGAGCUCAGUUCAGAUGAGGAGCACAGUGCACACAAUGGACGGGCCUCUUCACUCUCAAUGAUGAACAACAACAUAGACCACAGGCAACAUUCCCCCCUCACUGCCCUCGAAUGGGACAGCUACCCUUUCUCCGACGGAGACUGGUCCCCCUGCACCAUCAGGGAGAUGCCCGAGCCCAUGUCGCCCAAGAGUGACUCCGAGCUGAUGGUGAAGCCGACAGAGAGCAUGCUCAGGACCGAGUCGCACAUGCAGUGGACAUGGGGGGAGUUUCCGGAAUCUACCAGGGUCAACAAAAAGGACAAAACGGAGCCAAAGAUAUUGACCAUCACUCCCUCAGAGAACACGCAUUUCAGGGUUAUCUUAAGCUCAGAAGCAAUGGAGGAAGAGUCAAAAGAAGGAGAGAGAAACACAGAUCUAAUUUGCAAUAUUGUUAAACCAGAGCCUCGGACCAUCAAACCCAAUCAAUGCGGCUGCAAACCACAGCCCCCUGAAGCUUCAUCACAAGAUACAAACAUUACCGAGCGUGAACCAAACCUUUCAAAUUCAAUUUGCAGCAGUUUUACCUCUGAGCCACGUCCAUGUAACUCGGACCUCAACACAAAAACGGUGCGUAAGGCCAGGUGGACAUCUUCACCCCCCAGCCGCAGGGACAGCGGCUCCGCUGCCAGUGGAGGCAGUAAAACAGCUGGAGACUCUGCAGCAGUUUGUGCCGACACAGGAGCCUCCUCCAAACCCACAGACUCCCCCAUCGAGAGGAGAAGUGUGAGGAAGAGGAGUCAACAUCAGGGACCUGAAGAUAUAUACCUGGAUGAUCUGAAUGCACUCGAGCCUGAUGUUGUUGCCCGGUAUUUCCCGAAAAGUGAGUCUGAGCAGGUUCCCAAACACUGGGUGGAGAUGGGACGGCGCUCCGGAUCCCAGUCACCGCAGUCAGUGGGCAGCGCCGCAGCAGACAGCGGCACAGAGUGUCUGUCUGACUCUGCCGGUGACCUUCCUGACGUCACGCUGUCGCUGUGUGGAGGGGUCGGUGAGAACUCAGAGAUCUCUAAAGAAAAAUUCAUGGAGCACAUCAUCACCUACAACGAAUUUGCAGAGAAUCCAGCGAUUAUUGAUAAUCCCAAUUUGGUGGUUAGAAUUGCAAACAGGUAUUACAACUGGACACUGGCAGCACCGUUGAUACUAAGUAUGCAGGCUUUUCAGAAGAACUUGCCGAAGGCUACAGAGGAGGCCUGGGUGAAGGAGAAAAUGCCGAAAAAGUCUGGACGCUGGUGGUUUUGGAGAAAGAGCAGUGUCAAGCAGUCAUCAUCAGAGUCCAAAUUAGAGAGACAGGAGUCCCUGACCAGAGAGAGCCCUGCCCUCCACCAGGCCCCAGAAACACAGCAUAAAAUUCCAGAGUGGUCCAGCGACGACGAGACUAAAGAGCUCAACGCCGUGGCACCUGCUCUGACACCUAUUGAGCGUGUGCAGACAGAAGUCCCGGCACCAGCGCCUUGUCACUCCUACAAGAAAUCCCUCCGCCUGUCCUCUGACCAGAUAGCCAGCCUGAAGCUAAGAGAGGGGCCUAAUGAUGUCACCUUCAGCAUAACCACCCAGUACCAGGGGACGUGUCGCUGCGAGGGCACCAUCUACCUGUGGAACUGGGACGACAAGGUUAUAAUCUCUGACAUCGAUGGCACCAUCACCAAAUCAGAUGUGUUUGGACAGAUUCUGCCGCAGCUUGGAAAAGACUGGACCCAUCAAGGAAUCGCUAAGCUUUACCACUCAGUGCACGAGAAUGGUUACAAGUUCCUGUACUGUUCGGCCCGAGCGAUCGGCAUGGCUGACAUGACACGAGGAUAUCUGCACUGGGUGAACGACAGGGGGACGCUCCUGCCUCAGGGACCCCUCAUGCUCUCCCCGAGUAGCCUCUUUUCUGCCUUUCACAGAGAGAUCAUAGAAAAAAAGCCUGAGAAGUUCAAGAUCGAAUGCCUCACAGACAUCAAGAACUUGUUCUUCCCAAACACACAUCCCUUCUACGCAGCCUUCGGAAACAGAGAAAGUGACGUCUUUGCCUACAAGCAAGUGGGUGUGCCUGUGUGCCGGAUAUUCACAGUGAAUCCCAAAGGCGAGUUAAUCCUCGAGCAAGCCAAAGGCAAUAAAACGUCUUACAGCCGGCUGAGCGAGCUGGUGGAGCAUGUUUUUCCUUUACGAAGUUCACAACACAACGCCACCUUCAGCUGCCCAGAGUUCAGUUCCUUCUGCUUCUGGAGACAGCCAAUCGCGGAGGUGUGCUUUGAGGAGCUGCUUUAACUCAGACUGAUAUUAAUGUUUUAAAUGAAUUACUUGAAAUCAAUUUAACUCAGAGAAGUAAUUUAUUUCAUGCCUGUAUGCACUGGCGUAAUACUGAUUCUUCUGGUUAACACUGAUUCUUUAAUAUAAAUUAAAUAUAUAUUAGUUUUAUAUUGUCUUAGACAGAUUCCGGUUCGGGGAAAAAGUUUGGGAUAUUAAUGUAUUCCAUGUUUUUCAGUGAAACAUCAUCUCAUUCAGGGUUUAUUCCUGUUAUACACUUGGAGAGUAUUCUUUGUGCUUGAGCUACACAGUUAAGAGGUGUAUUUGGGAUGACAAGGCUAUGAUCAGUUUGUGUUUUAUCAUUUGCACUGUUUUUUUGCACAAUGUUUCUGUGAAGAAAUUGCCUACGCGCUUAUUUAGGCAGUGGAGGUACAAUAACGUCUUAAACUGGCGAGCGUCCAGGAUGAAACAAAAAUACUGACUGUAGUGCACAUUUUCUGCCUGACUUGGGAGCCAUCACCAAACAUCAACAGCACACGGUGUGUUUAGUCGUCCCUUGAAGGCCUUAUUCGCUCUAUAACAGUGUUAUUUAAUGUAUAGAAAUGAAUAUCUUUGCUCCAAAGCUUAAGGAUUUUGCACUAUUAUGCUAAAGAAAAAUGUGAAAGGACUUUGCUCAUAGCUAAUAACUGCAUUACUGUAAUUUGAAAAAAAAGGCACUUUCUGAACUGUAGAUACUGCUGCUAUUUGGUUUUAAGUAUUUUUGCCAAAAUCAGGAUUGUUAGACUUACAGUAGAAAAUUUUUAUUUUUAUUUUCAAAAUUAAUCUUUGAAAUGUUUUGCCUGACUUGUGAAAACUACAGUAUAUUAUCGUCAUGCCACUUAUUUUUUUAUUAUUUUUCUUUUCAUGCUCAGCUGUCAGUGAACCUCAGUGCAUUCUUUCUAUGAAAGUGAUGAACUUUGUGUGGUGAGAACACACAGUAUUUUCUUGGUUCAUGUAGUCAGAUUCCACUUUUCAGUGACGAAGUUUUGCUGCCUCUUCAAGUGUUUUCUGUAGAUUGUUGUGAUUACCUCGUGGUAAUCCAGUUGACAUUAUGAUGUAACAGUGUAGGUACAAAUACACUCAUACACAUUUGUUAGACAGUGUGACAGAAUAGCUCCGAACAUGACUUAUGUAAGGGCAUUUUUAUAGUGUGUCAAAAUUGUAGAUCCAAUUUGUGUAUAUAAACUGUAUAUAUGGUAUAUUUACUGUAUGUAUCGUAUUAAUAAACUGUUGAAUCAAAAGU